AUGCCGCGGGGAUACCGCGGUGGAUACGACUACGCAUUCGCGGGGUGGAGGAAGCGAAACCGUGAGGCAUUCGUGGAAGCGUCCUCUGCUGCUAACGCACGUGUUGGUUGGCCAGUCGGGGGUCGCGGUGGCGCGGAUGCCAAAGCUAAAGCCAAAGCCGAGGCGGACGCCGAGUCGGAUGCGGCGAACGCGCGCGUCGCGUUCGCGGCGGAGGCGACACGCGUCGCUCUCGGCGACGUCACGAACGCCGCGAGGCGAGACGAGGCGGCGCCGAAGGCGGCGAGCGGAGUCGGAUUGGAGGCGCCGGUGGAGAACGACGCGCCCAAAGAUACCGCUGGUGGUGUCGCGGCGGAGGCGACACGCGUCGCUCUCGGCGACGUCACGAACGCCGCGAGGCGAGACGAGGCGGCGCCGAAGGCGGCGAGCGGAGUCGGAUUGGAUGCGCCGGUGGAGAACGACGCGCCCAAAGAUACCGCUGGUGGUGUCGCGACGGCGGCGACGCUCGCGUUGAAAUACGUCACACGCGCCGCCGGGGACGGACUCGGAGGAGCACCGGUCGUCACCUUGGAGGUGUUUAAUGCCGAAUUGUGCGCCAAGACCAUGAACAAUGAGACGGUGCGCGGCGUGGAUUUCGAGAGCAUCAUCUCAGACAUUUACUCGCGCGUCUCACCGAGCGCGUGCGCGCCGGACAGGUUCGCGCAUUGGCUCGCGAGUGAAGCGCCAUUGUUCGCGGCGACGGGGCUGCCGAAGGUCGACAUGAUGGAUGAUGAUGAAGCGUGUCGCCAACGUGCAUUUCGACGUACCACCAGUUCAACAAACGCACAGUGGUCCUCCCCGCUCAACGCGGCGGAGUCAAAGUAUGCGUGUCAAAAUCUUAACGCGGUUCGCGUCGCGGCGAUGGCGCUGGACGCGAGCGAAUUCGAGUUGCGUCAGGCUUUGGAAAAGGUCGAGACGGCCGCGGGAUCGAUGGUGCGAUAUCUGAACGUACGCGGGUGCUAUCACUACAGAAUUCGCACCGACGACGGACUCGUGUUCGCGUACGUCGGGGAAAGUGUCGAUGUAGAGCGACGAAUCAACGAGCACUUGACGGCGCUGCUCGGCGACGGGCGCGCGCACGACAUUCAGCGAGGACACGCACUCGUUCGACGAGCCCAAAAGGGCGACGACGACCAUGCUGAUGCUGAUUUUCAAUGCAGUUUGUGGGUCAUUCACGGACAGGAUGAAGCGAGCGCGGUCGAGUUGGCGAAGACGUACGUGAGAACGUGCGCGUCGACGCCGUCGAUUUUGGAAGUCGCGCGCGCGAUUGCGAGCACCGGAUUCUUCGUCGAAGCGGUAUUCACCGCGCACUACGGGACCUUGCACGAGCACACCGCGGACGGCGUCGUCGGAAUGAACUUUUCUCAGCCCGGUGUGUGCCAUAACAGAGGGGUCACCCGCGAGGAUACGUGGAACGAGAUCAGAGAGACAUUCGGAAAGAAGACGCGAUGUACGAAGACUUUGCCGGCAUUCACGUGCGGACGGUGCGACAGAGAUUUUCCGCAAGGAAAGUCGCGAAGUCACUCCCACGGAGACGGCCAUGGACGCGUGUGCGACACUUGCUACAACAACGCUUUGUAUGCAAAGAAGCCGCAGUUUCAGUGCCUUGAGUGCGACAGAGAGAUGCAAGGGAAAAAAAGUUACCGCGGAGACGGCGAUGGACGCGUGUGCGCAAGAUGCUACCAAAUCACUUUACUCGCAAAACAACCACCGUUCACGUGCGCGCUAUGCUCGCAUGCGGUUUCUCGAGGGAAGCGGAGUUACCGCGACAGAGUCAGCGGUGGACGCGUGUGCGACACUUGCAACAAAGCUCGCUACAGGAAAUGCCUCGCGUCCACCCGCGAAAUGUGA